GGGAUGUCGUUUUGAGUCUCGCGAAAUAGCCUCUGCCGUUCCUCUGCCGUAAAAAGUAAACACCUUCGAGUUCCAAGUCUCUGAACAGUUCUUCGAUGACAAACCAAAAAAAAAACAAAAUAACUUUUAAAAUACACACUUAAAUACCUAUAACCAAAGCUCGAUCAAUAUUAUUCCAUAGAAGGGAAAAAUGCAAGACAUCUUUGCCGUUCUCUCGCUACCAGUAAUCCUUCUUUUUGCACUGCUUGGGUUUAUUGCUUUGGUUUACCUCUAUGGUGUGUCUGGUUAUUGGAUUAUGAAGAAAAUGAAAGUGCCAGGUGCCAAACCACUACCAUAUGUCGGCAACCUACGAGAUCUGGCCAAAGCUGGUGGUGUCCAUCUUGGAAUUUUGAAGUACUAUAAAAAAUAUGGCAAGAUAUUUAGUAUAUGUUUUGGUCGACAAACAUCUAUUGUCAUUGCUGACCCAGAGAUGAUUAAGCAAAUCAUGGUGAAAGAUUUCCACAACUUUACUGACCGGUAUAAUGAAUUUCCACCUGCUAAACGUCAAAAGGGAAUGUUUAAUGCAAAGUAUGAAGAUUGGAAAAGAAUUCGCUCAACUUUGACACCAGUGUUUACAUCUGGUAAACUGAAAAUGAUGGUGCCUCUGAUAGAGAAUUCAUGUAACACCCUUGUUGAUAAAAUCAAAGAUGUUGCAGAUACAGGAAAUAGUGUGGACAUGUUCUCCUGGUUUGGCCAGAUGACUCUAGAGGUGAUUCUGUCCACGGCUUUUGGGAUUCAAUCUCCCAUCCAGUCCAACCCAGACAAUGAAUUUAUAGCCAGAUCCCGUGAGGCAUUCAAAGCUCCACUCUUUCUCAGGGUUAUACAGAUGUUGCCAUUCAAAAAUAUUAUGAUCAAAAUAUUUCGCCUGAUGACAGGAAAUUUAAGCUACUUUAGAACAGUUGCCGAGGAAAUAUUGAGAUCCAGAAAAGCACAAGACAUACAGGGAACAAGAGAUCUGGUGGAUAUAAUGUUGUCAGCAAAAAACCUUGAUGGAAGUAGAAGGCUUGAUGACGAUGAAAUAGCUUCUCAGUCAGUAGUGUUUCUCCUUGCUGGACACGAGACAUCAAGCAAUACUCUUUCCAUGACAGCGUACUAUCUGGCGCUGAACCCAGAAAUCCAGGAGCGCUUACGAUAUGAGAUUCUUAUUGCUCAGCAAACCAACCCUGGCAAAGCUGUCUAUGACUUGAUUCCUGACUUGGAAUACCUUGAAUGUGUCAUCAAUGAAGUACAACGCCUCAGUCCUCCAGCCCACAUGGUUAACAGAAAAUGCAGUAAUGAGUAUACCAUUAAUGGCAUAACCAUCCCUGCAGGAAUGCAAGUAGUAUUUCCCAUAUACAGUCUUCACCAUGACCCAGAAGCCUGGCCUGAACCUGAAAAGUUUGACCCUGAGCGAUUCCGUGGCCCUGCCAAGGCAUCCAGACACCCAUUCCAGUUCUUGCCAUUUGGUGAAGGGCCUCGAAACUGUAUCGGUAAGCGAUUUGCUCUGCUGGAAGUCAAGAUCACCUUGGUAAACAUCUUGACAAAGUACAGGUUUGUGCGCUGUCCUGAGACACAGGUUCCACUCAAGAUGAUACCAGGUAUCACACUGAUUCCAAAAGAUGGUGUCUUCUUGAGGACUGAGUCCUGUACUAACACUUAAUCUGUACAGACAGUACCCUAAUAUACACGUGUUAGAUUGCAAAGUCUGAUUUAAUUAAUGGCUAUAUCUAGGUUAUCUUUUCAAAAUAUUUUUCAAAAAAAAUGUCUCCACUGCCAAUACCAAUUUUGUAAUAUUUUUCCACUUUUAUGCAUUAACAAGAAUUUUUUGCUGCCAAAUAUAAUUAAAUUGAAAAAAUCUGAUUCUAGUUAAUGAAUCUAAUUGCUAAGCUUUAUAUUAAUACUUAAUUAUGAUAUAUUACACUAUGUCUGAGAAAUAAGUGCAUUAUUUAAACACAGCUUUCAAUCUGUUAUUGACUAAAUGUAGCACAUAUUAACCUUUUUUAAUUUUGUCAGUCAUAAUCACAUAAAGAUGAAAGAUUAUUCUCCUGGAUGUUUGAGAAAUAGUAUAACAAUAUUCAUGUCCGCUUUGCAUAUCUUUAUUUGCUUUAACUCUUAUUAUAAAUGCUCAGCCAUAAAGUACACACCAUCCACUAAUGUUUGUACUGUACUGUAGGAACUAAUGACAGCCGCAACAACUUACUACUUACUGUAAUUAAGUUAGUACUUGAGGCAAUGUAUGUUAUAUAUUUUAUAUACACGUAUGGUAUGUGUUUAUUUGAUUUGCUGUAUCUGUAUAGCAAAAAUUUUGUUUGAAUAAAGAAUUUCCAAACUUUA